AUGGACUAUGACGCUGCGGUUCAGGCUGUCAAGCCUCGAGCGCCUCGUCCUGUCUUUCGCAAGCGAAGGUUCAACACGUCGUGGUGUAAUCCAGUCGUGGAGGGUGCGAAGGAGCCAACCCCAAGCCCACGGCCACCGUCAAUAACCAACCGAACUCGACCACACAACCAGGUUGUAACGAGCAAGGAAGACGCCGUUCGAACACCUCAAAGUCCAGCUCAAGCUACUGCUGCUUCCAGCAGCAAACACGCACGGAACUCAACGCCCUCUUCGUCACCGCCUCCUCCUGUCAAUACCAACACAAUAAUGCCCCGUCAAGCGAAUCUGAGCGGUCCGAAUCCUUUCUACAACGACAUUGCGCCAUUGUACGCCAAGUUCCUCAACUCAACAGAAGUCAAGAGGUUUUUGAAGCAGUAG